AAAUCGUCAUCAUCAGUUUUUUCGUCGUCGCGUAAAUAAAUGGUGGGAAAAACAACGGCAAUUAUUUUCUCUAUAUUGGCGUUAUUAUUUUCUCCCAACUCCAAUAAUUACAAUAAUAAUUGUAAUUUAAAAAAGAAUCUUGAAAUGGAGUUCACCAGUUAAUUACGUCGUCGAAGUGAAGUUUUGAAGUGUCCAUCAACACAAAUUGAAUUGUUUAUCAUGAGAAAAAGUCAAUAAAAUAAAAACAAUAAAAAACACAAAUCGACGUAUAGCUGCAUUCUUCACUCUAACGGCCGUCGCUGCAGAGAGAGAGUGCAUUAACGAACCGAAGUAGAGAAAAUCUGAAAAUCUCAAGAGAAGAAGAAGAAGCAAAAAUUUCUUUAGUGGCGUCCAAAGAAAUUCGUUUGAUAUGGAAAAACAAAAACUGUUAAAGGAGUAAUAAAUCCUUGAAAAUUGUUGCAACCAAUCAAAGGAAAAACAAUAAGAAUCCUUGUAAUGUUCGUGUGUAAAGUGGAUGAGUGUAGUGAAGAGAAAACCGAAUAAUGCAAAUAAAUAGUGAAUAACUGUACUACUCUCAUCAAACAAAAAACACAUAAAUAAAAAUAGAUCAAAAACCGCUAAUCCUUCUCCUAAGCAGUAAAAACCAAGAGGAGGGCAAAUAAGAAAACAAAACAUCAUCCAAUCGGAGAGCAAUAUCUAGUAAUAGUAUUAAUAACGAAAGACAACGACGAGAAGGAAGUAUAUGGACCAAAGGAAUACGGAUUUUGCAACUUUCUCCACUAAGCUAAAAAGAAUACAACGUUAGGCAGGCCAAUAGGGAAAGAAACAUGGAGGCAAUGGAUGUAGGUGAUAAGGAGGAUUCGUCCACGGCAACAAAAUAUGUUGUUGCCGAAGAUGGGGGAGGGAAAGAACUUGGCGGCGUUGCUGCUGCUGAUGGCGCUCUAGCAACAAAUAGUUCAAAUUUGACAACAAAAUCUCAACAACAACAACAAAAUAAAGUGCCUGCUGCUCCCGCUAAUUUGAAUAAUACAGACGAUUGUGAAAUGGAAACGGAUAAUGAUAAGGUUGAAAAUUCUCAGAAUGCUGGCAUUCACAAGGAUGAAUUGAACACGAACAACAGUUUGUCUCCAAAUAAAGCCACCACAAUAGUGGAAGACAGCAGAACCAACAAUGACAAGUCAAUGGCGUUAACAUUAACGCCCUCCACAACCGAAGAGCCAUCCCAAUCACCCACCACAUCCAUAGGAGGUGGUUGUGGUGUUGGUGGUACAGGUACUGAUUCGGAUGGCAAAAUGCAAUCACCCAAUCUAACAUCGCCAGCAGCUUCCACCCCGGCCUCAACGCCACCCUCGGAAACUGGUCAAGGGGAUGGCGGUGGCGGAUAUUCACCGCCUGAAAUAACUGGCAAUAGUUCUGCGGAACAUUCCUCACCCACGGCCGAUGUUGCAGACCAAACUUCCAUGGAUGCCCUAAAGGAUCCAUCACAACAGAGUCCAACACAAAUACAACCACCAACGCCACCUAUUCAUCACCCGCAUGCUAUCAAUGUGGUACGCAACGGUACCAUACCGAAUGCUGGGAAACCUUUGAUGUCAACUAUCAGUAAGAAAUUUGAAAAGUCUGCCAAAUCGGGACGUACUCGGAAGCCUAAAGCGGCAGCGGGACCUAUGUAUGAAAGUGAGAUAAGUGAAAAUAAAACGGGCAUUAAGCUGUGUAUUAAAAAAUCCGACAGCUCAUUAAGUACGGUCACAGCUACUGCUAUUGCAGCCGUUACAAAGGCCAUAAAUAAAUCGGCCACCACUUCGGGGAGAAGUCGUAAAAGUUCCAGAAAUUCAAAACAGCGCAUUAAACUAAACGACAGCAAUGAUGAAGCCGAUGAAUUGGACUAUGAACCGAAACGGAAAAAGGAUCGCAGCUCUAAACGGCAGGCGGCAGCAGCAACGGCCAGUGCGGCGCAAGCUGAAAAUGAUGAACACAAACGGCCAGUGGUGGAACAAAGUAUAUGGGGUAGAGAUUUGCCAGAACCAGUGCUUUUUAAGAUUUUUCAAAAUGUUGUCGAAAGGGAAGGUUGUCUUCCAACAUUGUUCCGUUUGGGUCGUGUCUGUUCUCUGUGGCGUCGUGUCUCUUUGUCCCCAACAUUAUGGCGUUCAUUGGACCUAACCACAUGGAUAAAAGAAAAAUAUCGCACCGAGUUAAAAUUAAAGUGGUUUGUGGAUAAUCGCUGUUCAUGUUGCACAGAAUUGAAUGUUUCAAAUUUCAAAGUCACCGACAUUAGUUGUUUUCUAAUGAAAUUGGCUGCUGGUGCCCCGAAUCUAACAAGCAUAACCCUAUCGGGUUGGAAAGGUUUCUCAUGUGAUCAUUUGGCAUAUUUGGUGGAAAAUAUGAAAAAACUCGAACGUCUAGACUUAAGUUCUGUGAAUGUCGAAAUGAAUGCUAGUAAAAGUGCUGUGGGUGUGCAAUCAUUGUGCAAUGCUUUGCAAGUUAUGGGUGAUAAAUUGACACAUCUUUAUUUGGCGCACAAUCGUUUAGCCGGUAUACCGCAAAUAGUCAAUGUUUUAUCGACACAUUGUCCAAAUCUAGUUUUAUUGGAUCUAUCCAAUGUAACAACACAAGCCACAUCUCAUGGUAUCUUACAUGUUGAGAAAUUACAGCAAGGCUGUCCAAAACUGAAAGUUUUACGCAUUACCAAUUCUCAUAUAACACUGAGUACGGCUUCCUUACAAGAAAUGAUGGAUUCACCUGGUUUUCCUGAGUUGGAAGAAUUAUCGGUAGCCGUUAUGGAUGAAUCACGUGUCAUUGGCGACGAACAUAUACAACGUAUCUUGAAAUCUUCGUCAAAACUAAAACUCUUAGAUGUACGCGGCUGUGCCCGUCUGACACAUGAAAGCUUGAUACGUCUGCCAACAUGGGAUGUGAAACAUUUGUUUUUAUCCGGAUGUUCAGUUACAAGAGAUAUGGGAUCUGGUCUGGAAUUAAUUGCUUCUAAAUGGGCCCACAGCCUAAUUGAAUUGGAUCUCGCUUGGGCCAACGUGCAACAACCCUUAGACAAUGCCUUACGUGCCUUGGCCGAUAAGGGUGCCGAGUCACGUUUAGCUCAUUUAAAUCUAUGUGGUUCGUCCGUUUCCGAGGAAGCAGUCAAAGAAAUUCUGGCUAACUGCCCAUUGAUGAGUAGCAUUAACCUGGCCUCAUGUCGUGGAUUGCCGCGUGGUGUCAAACGACAAAUGCAAGGUCCACAAGAGCUCAAUGAAUUACGUGAAGUUUUAAAGGUUCAAUUAAAAGUCAAAUUACCCGAGACCAAUACUACACCAGCCAGCUCAUCAACGGCGACGGCGACAACAACAAGUGCAAAUAACAAUGAUGGAGGUGGUGGUAGCCAUGGAGCUGCAUGCAGCCCAUAGUCCACACAAAAAUUGUUUACAUAAAUCUUGUAAAUUUUUUAAUAAUUGUAGUUUGUAUUUUUUGUAUUUGAUUUCAUUUUUUUAAUUUAUCUUUUCGGAAUUUUCUGUUUCAAAGCUAAAUUUGUAUUAGCCUCUUAAAAAAACAACACUCAAAAUCUUUGUGGGAGGAAAAAUAAUUUAACCAAUGUAGUUUUUUUAUUUUUUAUUAUGACAACAGAUUAUUAUGGACGUAUUAAGCAUCUACAGUUGACAGAUAAAUAUUUUACUUAAAAUUGUAUAAAAUCUAUUUCAUGUGGACAUAUUCAAUUUCAAAAAAGAAAUAAAUUCAUUUGUAAUUUAAAAAAUUUCAAGUGGAUAAUUGAAAUAAUUCUAUUUAAAAUUCCAAUUAAAGGAUAAAUUUGUUGAAAUAUGCAUGUAAUAUUCUAGUUUACGUUUUUUGGAAUACUAGUUUACGUCUUCGACGUAUAUCUAAAGACUUUUAAUAUUUUCUUUUAAGUAAAAAAUGACAGCCACAAAAAAUAAACCUCCUGCAAGAUCUACUUUUUACAAUUUGUUUUAUAUUUCUAUCUCUCUAUAAAUAUACAAAAUACAUAUGUUGUAGUGAUGUGUAAAUUAAUUACAAAUUUUAUCAAAUUUAAUAAAUAUAAAUCCAACAAAAACUACACACCCGCGCCAUUUUUCCCCCUUGAAAAUUUCAAAAAUAACACAAAGCAAAUAACAUACGAACGAAAUAACAACAAAAUACAAAAACACAGCAACAAAUCAAUCAAUGUUUUACGGCAAUUUUAUCUUUAUUUUUUUAUUGUUUUAAAUUUGUGAAAUUUAAAAUUUAUUAUUAUUUUUCUAAUAUUACCAUCUAUCAUCUAUUUUAACUAUUAUAAGAAAUGAAAUCAUGUUAAACAAAGUACAGAAGAAAAACAAACAAAACGAAUCAUGCUAAUUAUACGUAUUUUCCUUCUGUAUCCUGUCCAAAAAAUUAAAAAAAAUACACCUCCUACUCCUUAAUUUCUAAACAUAUUUUUGUGCAAAAUAUUUGUAAACUUUUUUAUAUUAUUUUUAUUUGUGUAAUAAUUCUUAUAGAUAUUUUCCGCUCCAUGCCCAAAAAAUAUUAUUAUAUCUCAUUUAGAAAAGAAAGUAAAAAAUUAAACAACGUAUUUUUUAAGAAAAUUAUAUUUUUUUGUUGCAUUCAAAAAGGAAAAUAAAAACGAAUCAUAAAUAUUUUUAAAAACUAUGA